AAAAAUAUAUUGUUUUUUGUUUUGGUGUCGAAUAUAAUUACAAUAAAUGUUUAACAAGUAUUUUAAAAAGAAAAUUGAAAGAAAGAAAAAAAGAAAAAGAAAAAGAAGGUUGAGGCCGAAUAUAUUAUUUCAAAUUCAAUCUCAGCCAAAUCCUAGCAUGCAUCUUGUUGAUCUUGAGGCCGUAUGAACCAAUUAACUCUGAUCUGAAUCAACGAACGGAAUAGACCAAAGCUGUCAAGCAAACCCAGAUACCGACUCCAUCUCCAUCUCCAUCUCCAUCUCCUUCUUCUUCUUCUUUCUCCUUUUUCAAUGGUGACUUCGAUUGCUUAAACCCUUCCUCUCCAACUCUAUCUGGUAUUUUUCUUAUUUCUCCUUUCAAUUUAACAGAGUGGAGUUUUGUUAAGGUUCUCAUCUCCAUGCUUGUGGUGAAACAUGAUUUAUGUCCAUCAGUACAACACACAUGUCAUUUAGCUUAACGGAUCUCUAUUGUGCUGGUUGAUUUGGAUGGACAUUACCACACCGAGACUUGACCUUGAAAUUCAAACAGACUCUUUGCUUUUGUUAAUGGAGCAGCUGGAAAAUAUCAACGCCAACGAGCAUGUUAUUGAUGUAGCUGGGAAUGGUGAAGGGUCCCCAUCUACCUCAUCUCAUGGACCUUCCAAUGAAUUAAAUUUAUCACAACAAGGAGACAUAACUGCCAGUGCUGCACGAAUUCUCGCCACUCUUGCUCCAAUUUCUUCCUCAAAUGGAUCAAACUCUAGAAAUCGGAGAGGGGAUACUCACCGUCGUAGAAGUCCAUUAAAUUCUGGAUUAUGGAUCUCAAUUGAACUGGCUCUUACAGUUGGCCAAAUUAUUGCUUCUAUAGUUGUUUUAUGUUUGUCAAGGGAUGAGCAUCCGAGAACACCAUUAUUUGCAUGGAUUGUAGGUUAUGCAUCUGGAUGUGUUGCUAUCGUACCUCUUCUUUAUUGGCGUUACCGACAUAACAAUCCGCCCUCUGAGCAAGAUGCAGCUCAAUCGCGUCAAAAUUCUCAGAUUACCGUAUCUGCUAUGCCAUUUUCACUUUCAGUUGGUGGGUCACCUGAAGGAGAAGAUCGUCGAGGUGGUGCUUCAUCUCUCCGAAGCUCAGAAAUAACGAGUGCAAGGAUCAAGGCCCUUGUGGAAUACUUCAAAAUGGGAUUGGACUGCUUCUUUGCGAUUUGGUUUGUGGUCGGUAAUGUUUGGAUCUUUGGAGGACAUUCUUCUGCCAAUGUUGCUCCGAACAUGUAUAGGUUAUGUAUAGUAUUCCUUACCUUUAGUUGUAUUGGGUAUGCCAUGCCUUUCAUUCUCUGUGCAACAAUCUGUUGCUGUCUUCCUUGUAUAAUAUCCGCCCUUGGGUUUAGAGAGGAUUUGACACAUAACCGAGGAGCCACUUCUGCAUCAAUUGAUGCUCUACCAACAUACAAGUUCAAGUUGAAGAAAAAUAGAAGCGGAAAUUAUAGAGACAGUAACUCGGGUAUUUCAGAAGGGGGAAUCAUUGCUGCAGGAACAGAGAAAGAGCGUGUGAUUUCUGGAGAAGAUGCGGUGUGCUGCAUUUGCUUGGCUAAGUAUGCGAACAAUGAUGAGCUGAGAGAGUUGCCGUGUUCCCAUUUUUUCCACAAGGAGUGUUUGGAUAAGUGGUUAAAGAUCAAUGCAACUUGCCCUCUUUGCAAGAAUGCUGUUGGUGAUGGCCCGUUUUGGUCAUCGAUCUCAGGAGGGAAUGUAGGCCAUGCAAACAGUGAUAGCUAAGGAAGGGCAAUGGCUUUGGGGCUAUGUUGUCUAAGUAAGUAGUACUUUCAGGGAGGAAUGCCAGGCAGAGUUCCAUUAAAACAGGUUAAAGUUAGCUCAUCUUGGUCUGAGUUUAUCGAUCUUAGUCUUAUCAUUUUCUCUGUUUUCCCCUCUUGGGGUGAGGCAAUAGCUAGGGUAGGUAGUACUAGUAGGCAAUUGCUUUUUAGUGGCAUAAAAUGGCAUUGUAUAGCUCUUUCUUCUUAUUUUUUGUGUGUUUUUAGAAGCGUGAGUUGAAAUGAUAUGUAGUAUUUACACAAUUCAGAAAUGUAAAGAAAUAAGAUGUCUAUCUUUUUUCUCA